GUAAGGUUGGUGCAGGAGGAAGGGGUUUGUGCGCGGGAGACAAACGGAGGGCGGGAAAGGCUGCGCGGCGGAGCUGAGCGACCGUGGGGAGAACGGAAUCACCGGGAAGUCGAAACGAAGGGCCAUUAACCUGUACUUAUUCAUUGUGUGAAGGAUCUCAUCAGCAACAUGGCAAAGGUACAGAUAUUGAACAUGGUGGUCCUUGACAACCCGUGUCCCUUCCGUAAUCCCUUCCAGUUUGAGAUCACUUUUGAAUGUAUAGAAGAUCUACCAGAUGAUUUGGAGUGGAAGAUAAUCUACGUGGGCUCGGCAGAAAGUGAGGAAUAUGAUCAGGUUCUGGAUUCUGUGUUGGUGGGCCCCGUCCCAGCUGGGCGUCAUAUGUUUGUAUUUCAGGCAGAUGCUCCGAAUCCAAGCCUCAUCCCGGAGUCUGAUGCCGUUGGUGUUACAGUCGUCCUCAUCACUUGCACAUACAGGGGGCAGGAGUUCAUCAGAGUCGGCUAUUACGUGAACAACGAGUAUUUUGACAGCGAAUUGAGGGAGAAUCCUCCUCUGAAGCCAGACUUCUGCCAGCUCCAGAGGAACAUCCUGGCAUCAAAUCCACGCGUGACCAGAUUUCAUAUCAACUGGGAUAGUGCUAGUGAAUCAAAGAUGGAAGACAUUGAGAAUGUGGACCCUGCUUGUCACGCUAUGCUCCCCCCAUCUUGUGCCCCUACCAAGGGCCUUUCUGGAGCCCUUAACUCCAUCCCAGAGAACUCUAUGGAUUGCAUGUGAAGACACCAGCGCACUUAUGAGCCUGCGUACAGAUCACACUGUCCAAAACCUGAAGUACAGCACCGACCUCUCACCUCAGGCUGUGGUCUACAUGGCCAUUUUUUUUAUUGUGUGAUGUCCUCAGACUCCAGAAGCAAAUACUCCAUAAUGCAGAUAUGGCAGUGGUCGCAUCCUCUGUAUAUACCCAAUUUUUAUCACACUGACACCUUUUUAGGAAAAUAUGGCUGCUUUCUUUCAAAAUAACGCUGGUGCCUUGACUGUGGCCUCCUAUUGUUAACCAUAUAUGAACGAGCUGCACCAUUUAUCCUUUUUCCAUCAGCAGGGGACACCCUUGGCAGCGCUGAUAUUUGGUGACCCAGAGGAUAGACCAUGUCUUCUGCCAGCCUUUCCUGACUGCCGUCCUUGUGUUAGUUUCCUUCACUCACUGGAAAUGCUGCCAUUUACUUUAUGGUUGGGCAGCAUUCCUUCAGCCGGAUGAUCUCCUUCCACAGCCUCAUGAGACUUCUUUUGUGGCUCCUGGGACAACGUCACGAGAAAUUAUCAUUGCCCAAUAAAAGCGCCAUUGUUCUGCCUUGUGCUUUGCGCCAAAAGACUUCCUGUCAAGUGAGGAUUUCUGCCAUCAGCGUCUCGUGCACGAAGAUGUUAAGGUUCGGUGCGUCAUCCGUAGAACAAAAUUAGCACUUACACCUGCUCCAUGAUGGAAACCUGUGGUGGUCACUGCCGUGUGUCUCGGGCUGUCCACCUGAAGGAAGGCUUUUCUGAGAUGGGCACUUUAUACCACACGGCGGUGUAGAGGCAGGCUUUUUGAUACCCCUGCUUCCCAUAAGCAUUAUAUGUUAUGUUUGUGUCGUAUUUAGAAACGGAUGGAAUUUUUUCUUUUUUCUUUUCCCCCAAUAUGUAUAUUUUUUUUAUAUAUUUGUGAUUAGGAUUUGCUUAAAUAAAAGUACUUGAGCAAGGUG